AUGUCUGCACAACAAAAUCUUACUGUUAGCCAAUUUAAACAACAACUCAAAAUUAUUAUGAAACCUAUCAAACAACUCAUAGCUAGACUAAUUGAGAAUCCAAUGGACUCAAUUUGUAUGAAAAUAGAAAAUAAUGUUUAUCGUAUUGAUGGCAGACCAAUCUCUAUUGAGGGAAAUGAACAAAUUAUAGAGAUUGAAGAUGGUUGUUUAGUCUCUAUUCUUUCCAAUGGAUUUUGGGAUACUGUUGUUCUUCAUAUUAAGAAUGGAGAGAUUACAGUUGAUACGGCUGAUAAGGAAGGGGCACCUACAUUGAUUUAUCCUGAUUCAGUUGUGUAUUACAUUAAUGAAGGUAUAGUCAAUUGUUGUUAUGUUAUGGCAGUGAAUAGAGAGAUUACACUAUUCCCAACUACUAAAUAUAAUUUGAAAGAGACAAUGAUUAAAAUACAAGAUAUGGCCAUAAACCAAUUUACAAAAACACUUGAAGACAAGUUGGAAGAACUGGUUAUUAAAAUUAAAGUAUUAAAAAAAAUGAUAAAUGAGAAUAGUGAUAACAUUAUUGAAGAUGAAAUGAAUGAUUUAAUUUUAACAUUUGAAGACGCUAUAACUCUUUUACCAAAUAGAAAAUUUGAUAACCAAUAUUAUACACCAGAAUAUAUUGUUGACUUCUUUUUGAAAGGUAUUGAGUCAAUUCAAUAUUAUGAACGGUGCAUAUAA